AUGGGUGAUACGAAUGGACAAGUAGUAGCUGGUGGCAAUAGCCAAGGAAAUCGAUUGGAUCAAUUGAAUUGGCCAGCCGAUGUGUUGAUCGACAAAGAGACGGAUAGUCUUAUUGUUUGUGAUCGAAAUAAUCGACGAGUUGUACGAUGGUCUCGUCGUAGUGGUACAACUCAAGGAGAAAUCCUCAUCAACAACAUCACUUGUUGGGGAUUGGCCAUGGAUGGUCAGAGAUAUCUCUACAUCGCUGACACCAACAAACAUGAAGUAAGACGAUAUCAAAUAGGAGACAAGAAUGGAACUAUUGUGGCUGGUGGCAAUGGCGAAAGUGCUGGUUUCAAUCAACUCAACUCUCCGUACUACACCUUUGUCGAUCAAGAACAGACUGUUUACGUGUCAGACCGUGACAAUCAUCGUGUAAUGAAAUGGAAUAAAGGUGCAAAAGAAGGAAUUGUUGUCGCUGGAGGUCAAGGACAAGGGAAUGCUCUGACACAAUUGUCGUAUCCUCAAGGACUAUUCGUCGAUACAUUGGGUACCAUCUAUGUGGCAGACUCGUGGAAUAAUCGAGUGAUGCGUUGGCCUAAAGAAGCGAAACAGGGCACUGUCAUUGUGGGUGGAAAUGCUCUUAUAUUACUUGUAACAGCACUUCAUCGACCAUUGUCAACUGAACAAUAUAUUGAUUUACUUUAUGAACAUUGGCAUACAUUAAAUUUACUUGAUGUAUUUCAAUAUGGUAUUCAAUGUUCUGAUGAAUUGAUUUUUCUUAAUUUAUUAUAG